CUCCACGAUUUCCUCAGACUUCCCCCUCCGCGUCACCUCUCACAGCUCCACCCCCUAGCCCGACGCCCCGCCCCUUCGUCGUAAGACGUAGGCAUGACGUCGGGAUUUCCGAAACGCCAUGUUGGCUUCGGCGGCACGUCAGGACGAAGUGGCCAGCUAGCCGAGCGACUUACGGAACACCGAGAUCCGUGCCGACCAUGGAAGGGACCCUCUGACCGCGGCGACAGUUCUCCCGAGAAGUGUGGCUCAGAGGCACCCUGGCAACACCAUGCUGGGACAUCUGUUCAGGCUCCACGGCCUGCUGGUGGCCUCCCACCCAUGGGAGGUCAUAGUGGGCACCCUCGCUCUCACCGUCUGCCUCGUGUCCAUGAACAGCCUGGCGGCCAGCAGCCAGAUGUGCUCGUGGAACGAGUGCCCGAAAGUGGAGGAGAAAAUCCACAGCAGCGACAUAAUCAUCCUGACAGUCACCCGCUGCAUGGCCAUCGUCUACGUCUACUUCCAGUUCAAGAAUCUCCGACAGCUGGGAUCCAAAUACAUAUUGGGUAUUGCGGGUUUAUUCACGGUAUUUUCCAGCUUUGUUUUCAGUACAGUGGUCAUACACUUCUUUGGGAAAGAGCUGACGGGCCUCAAUGAAGCCCUGCCUUUCUUCCUCCUGCUCAUCGACCUGUCCAAAGCCUGUGCAUUGGCCAAAUUUGCCCUCAGCUCGAACUCUCAGGAGGAGGUGAGGGAGAAUAUUUCCCAGGGCAUGGCCAUCCUGGGCCCCACCUUCACGCUAGACGCUCUGGUUGAGUGUCUGGUGAUUGGGAUUGGCACCAUGUCAGGCGUGCCGCAAUUAGAGAUCAUGUGUUGUUUCGGCUGCAUGUCCGUCCUGGCCAACUACUUUGUCUUCAUGACCUUCUUCCCCGCCUGUGUCUCACUGGUCCUGGAGCUGUCCCGGGAGAGUCGCGAGGGUCGUCCGAUCUGGCAGCUAAGCCACUUUGCGCGCGUGCUGGCCGAAGAAGAGGACAACAAGCCCAACCCCGUGACCCAGAGGGUUAAAAUCAUCAUGUCUCUGGGUCUAGCCUUGGUUCAUGCUCACACUCGACUGGCAGCUGAGAACCAGAGUCAGAAUCGAACAGCGGAGGGGCCCAUGGCUAAGAGACUGGAGUCUGGUAGCACCACGUGGCCUCUGAAGCUCACCGGCAUGGACAUGGAGCAGGUGAUAACCCUCAGCCUCGCUCUGCUCCUGGCUGUGAAGUACGUCUUCUUUGAGCAAACGGAGACAGAGUCUUCGCUGUCCCUCAAAAGUCCCAUUAUCAGCUCGCCUCCGGCCCAGAAGCCCUGGCCGGCGGGGGACUGCUGCAGGAGGGACCUCCCAGCCCAGAAACUCCAGAAGCUGGUGAACGGUAUCCCGGCAACCAAACCCACCUCCCCAGCUGUCUCAGAAACAAAACUUUCCCCCGAGGCUGACACGGCGAUCACAGAGAAGGCAGCAGCAGCAGCGAUCGAGACUCCGGCGGAAAACGGCCCCUGCAUUUCGUGGCUUGCAGAUUCUCUCGCUCCGACGGCUUCUGUUCCUCCGAGUAACUCCCAUUCAGAUCCCCGUUCCCUGGAGGAAUGUGUGGCCAUCCUCUCGGAUCCUCAGAGAGGAGCCCGUUUCCUCAGCGAUGCAGAGGUGAUGAACCUGGUAACCUCACGCAACAUCCUCAACUAUAAACUGGAGGCGGUCCUUGAGACUCCAGAGAGGGGCGUGGCUGUCAGGAGGGAGAUGUUAUCACCCAAACUGCCUGUUCCCUCUGCCUUGGCUCAUCUGCCUUACAAGGACUACGACUAUGCUAAGGUGAUUGGUACUUGCUGCGAGAACGUCAUCGGGUACAUGCCGGUGCCAGUUGGAGUGGCUGGUCCUCUCCUGUUGGACGAGAAGCAGUUUUACGUUCCCAUGGCGACCACAGAGGGCUGCCUGGUCGCCAGCACUAACAGGGGAUGCAGGGCACUUUCUCUGAGCGGGGGUUGCCACAGCAGCAUCCUAGCUGACGGGAUGACCCGGGGUCCCGUGGUGAGACUGCCCUCAGCGUGCCGGGCUGCAGAGGUCAAAGUCUGGCUCGAGACCUCGGACAGUUUCAGUCUGAUCAAAGAGGUCUUCGACCAGACCAGCAGGUUUGCUCGUCUGGAGAAGCUGUUGGUGAGCUUGGCUGGGAGGAGCCUGUACAUUCGCUUCCAGUCUCAGACGGGAGACGCCAUGGGCAUGAACAUGCUCUCCAAGGGGACUGAACAGGCCCUACGCAGACUCCAGCAGCAGUAUCCAGACAUGGAGGUGCUUUCAGUCAGCGGGAACUACUGCACCGACAAGAAGUCUGCUGCCAUCAACUGGAUUCUUGGCCGGGGCAAGUCUGCUGUAUGCGAGGCCACCGUCCCUGCCAAGGUGGUCAGGGAGGUGCUGAAGAGCAGCACAGCGGCUCUGGUGGACCUGAACAUCAACAAGAACUUGGUGGGCUCGGCCAUGGCAGGCAGCAUAGGGGGCUUUAAUGCCCAUGCUGCCAACAUCGUAGCUGCCAUAUACAUCGCCUGCGGACAGGAUCCUGCUCAGACGGUGGGGAGCUCCAACUGCAUCACUCAGAUGGAGCCGGCUGGUCCCGAUGGAGAAGACCUGUACAUCAGCUGCACUAUGCCGUCCAUAGAGCUGGGUACGGUGGGAGGGGGCACCAACCUGCCGCCCCAGCAGGCCUGUCUGCAGAUGCUCGGCGUCCAAGGUACCAGUCCCAACCAGCCCGGCGAGAACGCCCGCCAGCUGGCCCGCGUGGUUUGUGCCUCCGUCCUGGCGGGAGAGCUCUCACUGAUGGCUGCUCUCGCUGCCGGACACCUCGUCAAGAGCCACAUGACCCACAACAGAUCUAAAACAAAUGUGUCCAAAACACCUUCGUAAAAGUCGGGAGAUGGUGGAUGUUGGAAGUUUUGUCCGUCUUCGGGGUCGGCCGGAGGGAACGAAUGAACGAACGCACCUUAUCCGGGCACGGGACUCCUAAUGACAUGCUUCUGAAGGGAGAGCUGUGGGUCGUGGACGACUAGUAACCAGACCGAAUACAUGCUUGACGACCACGGACAAAGUGUGUCCGCCUUGCGUGUCGCCCGACUGAUUGCAAAAUGACUUUCUCGGUCGAGCUGUUUGCUUCAUUUAUUUAUUUGUGCCAUUUUACUGCAUCUUAGCUUUGCAGAAGAAAAAUUUGAGAAAGUGGGACUCAUGACGGGGGUUUCGGAUCUGGGGCAAAGUCCACCUCGCUGCUCAAAGUCUUUGACAAGUAUCCAGCAAUCCUCUGAAGAGCCCGACAGCUUCCAAAUGAAUCCUUAAUUUUUUUCCCCAUUUCAAAUACAAAAGGAGAGCUGUCGGCACAGAGGUAUGGUCUGAUUUUCAAAAAAUAACCCUUAAAAAACGAACUGUUACUGUAGUGAAUUAUAAGAUGCCAACCGUAUGCCUGAAUGUAUGUUGCACAAUCCUUUGUGAACUAAAGUGUUACUGUAUACUGUGUAUACUUUAGAAUGACUGUGGCUGCUGAACCUCGGGUUCACAAUGUGUGCGUUUGUUCAGACUGUGAUCAACUACCGAGGCAGACUGUCCGAGAGGCAGGUCAUUUUUUUUUUAGGCUAACAGGAAAAGCAAAGCCAUAUUAAAUAAUUUAUUAAGCUUUUAUGGUAAAUAUGUACAACUAUUGAUUUUUUUUGGGACAUGGAAGUAAAUGGAUGGAGUAACAUCAUUGAGAGGUUCUUGUAUCGUCAUGUUCAGGAAGCAGUGGAGCUCAGAAGUGGCCUUACAAUACGUCGUUGUCUCAGAAGUUGAGCCUCAACAUGUUCUAGUUAGAAUAUUCAAUUAAAAAUAUAUAUGUCAA